AAAAAAAAAAACUCAGAGAUCCAGAGAGAGAGAGAGAGAGAAUGGCGAGCCAAAUGUGUUACAGUUCUCGAUUGAUCUGUAUAAAUUCGAUCCAUCGAACGCAGUUCCUCUCAUCCAAUUCGUUGUCGUUAAAGUCUUCUCUCGUCAGUGUCUCAAAGCUACGAAGAAAGCUUUCUCUUUCUGAUUCUUUGUUUAUUAGAUAUCCUUCGAAGAGAGGAUUCUCAUUGCAGGUCAGGAAGACCAGCGAGCUAGGCUCAUUGUUUGUUGAAAAGGAACAAAGACAAGAGAAAAAAGAAGAAAAUCAGAAGAAUCAUAAGAAGGAGAAAGAGAUGACGAUUACUCCGGCGGUUAAGAUCGCCGACCGAAAGCUCCUUGUGAAGGAGCGCACGAUCCUCACCGAUGUUCCUGACAACGUUAUCUCUACCUCGGCCGCAACUGAAGGCCCUGUUGAAGGUAUCUUCAUUGGCGCCUCUUUUAAUGAAAGCAGCAAUCGACAUGUGGUUUCUCUCGGCACCCUCAGAGAUGUCCGAUUCAUGGCUUGUUUCCGGUUCAAGCUAUGGUGGAUGGCACAGAAAAUGGGCGCUCAAGGGCGAGACAUCCCUCUUGAGACCCAAUUUCUUCUAGUCGAAACCAGAGAAGGAUCUCACCUCGAAUCAGACAAUGGUGAGGAACAGAACCAAAUCGUGUACACCGUCUUCCUUCCUCUGAUCGAUGGCCCCUUCCGCGCUUGUCUCCAAGGAAACUCCCAAGAUGAGCUCCAGCUCUGCUUCGAAAGCGGCGAUAACAACACUAAAUCCUCCCAUUUCACCCACUCUCUGUUCGUCAGCGCAGGAGCAGACCCCUUCGCCACCAUAACCGACGCCAUCAGGGCCGUAAAGCUCCAUCUCAAGACCUUCCGUCAACGCCAUGAGAAGAAGCUCCCCGGCAUCGUUGACUACUUCGGUUGGUGUACCUGGGACGCAUUCUACCAAGAAGUAACCCAAGAGGGCGUGGAAGCUGGUCUCGAGAGCCUCUCCGCCGAAGGUACUCCGGCAAAGUUUGUGAUCAUCGACGACGGUUGGCAAUCCGUUGGGGGGGACCCACAAGAGGACGACAGUCAAGACGAGAAUAAACAACAGCCGUUGCUUAGGUUGACUGGGAUCAAAGAAAACACCAAGUUCCAAAACAAGGAGGAUCCGACGGUGGGGAUUAAGACUAUCGUGAACAUAGCUAAACAUAAAUACGGUCUCAAGUACGUGUACGUCUGGCACGCCAUCGCCGGCUACUGGGGAGGAGUUCGGCCCGGCGUGGAGGGCAUGGAAGAAUACGAUUCGAAGAUGCAGUACCCGGCGGUCUCACCCGGGGUUGUAUCUAACGAACCGGGAUGGUCCUCCUCCUAUCCUCUCUUCCCUACAAGGCUGCAACUCUUUUCUUUAAGAAGGCGCCACAAACCACCUUCUAAGUUACAGUAG